GAGACGGUCGGCUUUUGUUAUAAGCUUGCGCUAAUAACCCACUGCAGUCAAGGCUGCCUUUUUUCAGACGGUGGUCUUUUGCGCCACCUGCUGUAAUUCCCUUAGAAUUUCUUCCAGUGCUGAUGGAGACCAAGGGAACCAUCGGAUUUUGGUAUUUUAUGACAUUCUCUCAGAGUCUGUUUUUUAUGGCAGCCUUAGUACCUCUGCUAUUCCUGUUGAAAACAGCAAUUAAUGGUGUACUGAAAGAACACAAUGGGUCUGGAUCAAAACUGGAUGAUAGAGUGCUCCAACUCUUUGGGGAGAGCUAUGAGGCACAGAUAACAGAGAUGCAUUUAAAGAAUAAAAAAGUGCAAGACCAUCUACAAAACUGUAUGGAUUCUCAGCUCUGCACAGAGCAGGAGAAUGAGAAAUUAAAGAGAGAAAACAAGGACAUGAAAGAGAAAAUCAAACUUCUCACUCAGACCUUAUUGCAAGAGCAAGAAAAUAACAGUCGCCUGAAGGAAAUGGCAUCUAAGAACCAGCGAAAGAUCCCAUCUGCAAGAUCUUUCAUGAUGGCAGUCUUCUCAAUGAUCCUAGCCAGAAAUAAAGUGCAAAAACUGCAGACAGAUAUCGAGUCCUACCAGAAAGACAACGCCAAUCUAAGGAACCAGCUUAAAAGUGUGCAGUCUGAAAUGGAGCUCUGCCGGAGAGAGAAUGCAUCACUGAAGGACCAGGUUCAAUAUGCCACAAUACAGAUUGAAGUUGAGAGACGUCAUCCGGAGCCCAAACUGACGGCUCUUCAGCACAAGAUCCAAAAACUGGAGAAAGAGCUGGAAGGCAAAGAAGAGUCCUGCAAGACUCGGAUGGCAUCACUGGAAAAAACAGCACACAAGAGACUGAUUAAGGCCUCAUCUCUACAACGUGAGCUGAAUGACAAGAAGGCAGAGGUCUUCUUUCUACAUCAUAGGCUUAUGGACUUCAUGGACUGGGUGGCUGAGCUGAGGGGAACACAGUUUGUGCCCCUGCCUCUCUACCCUCAUAACCAGAAACCCUCCCACAAAAGAGUGAGAGACGGCUGGAGGGAUUUGCUGACUAAAAGCAGGCUUCAGUUGAUUCCUGAGGAACAAGGGGACUUUACCUCAGAGCUGGGCCCCAGAAUGGCCUCAGUCAACCAGGCCAGCGUCUACCUCUGAAUACCCCAGAAUGGCCUCAGUCAACCAGGCCAGCUUCUACCUCUAAAGACCCAGAAUGGCCUCAGUCAACCAGGCCAGCUUCUACCUCUGAA